AUGGGGUCUGUUUCUAACCAGCAGUUUGCAGGUGGCUGCGCCAAGGCGGGCGAAGAAGAGCCCACGGGGGACUCGCCCAGGCCAGACGAGGAAAGCCAGCCGCUCCUGCAUGGCGCCGGGAUCUGUAAAUGGUUCAACGUGCGGAUGGGCUUCGGCUUCCUCUCCAUGACCACCAAGGAAGGCAUCGCCCUUGAAUGCCCCGUGGAUGUUUUUGUGCAUCAGAGCAAACUGCACAUGGAAGGCUUCCGCAGCCUGAAGGAAGGAGAAGCCGUCGAAUUCACCUUCAAGAAGUCCUCUAAAGGUUUGGAGUCCAUCAGAGUGACUGGUCCAGGAGGCGUGUUCUGCAUCGGCAGUGAAAGGAGACCGAAGGGGAAAAACCUCCAGAAGCGCAGGUCAAAAGGAGAUCGAUGUUACAACUGUGGCGGUCUGGAUCAUCAUGCCAAAGAAUGCAAACUCCCACCGCAGCCAAAGAAGUGCCACUUCUGCCAAAGCAUCACCCACAUGGUUGCCAACUGCCCUGUCAAAACGCAGCAAUCGCCUAGUUCUCAGGGAAAGCCCGCCUACUUCCGGGAGGAGGAGGAAAUGCACAGCUCACCCCUUCUUCCUGAAACCCGGGAAUGAUGUCAGGAAAUCAGUAGGGGACCUACUGAAUCAACAGGCUUCAGGGCAUAGAGUCAGCAAAAAGGGGGAGCAAUGAACAGCCUCUACCUCCAGGCUUAGGGGGCAGGUCCUGGGAAGGGGGGCAGCAGCUCUUAAACAUAAAAAUUGGCAGAGGGAACGGCUGGACAAACUGUACGUUGAGGCAGCCCUCUUCCCCUCUUUUCAGCUUGGGACAGGGCCUGCGAAUUCUUUGCUCAAAAGUUCAAUUCCUGGAAAGAGGGGAGCGCGCAGCACCUUCAUAACCUUUGCUUCCUCCACCUUUCCCAAGAUCGCUGAAUCAUCAUAAUUUUUAAAAAAGCUGAGAAUUUUGAUCUUGGGCUAGGGUCCUCGUAGCAGAUGGAUAGCGGGAUAAUGGAGUAGAGUCUUUUGCACCCUCUAACCCAUUGUGGCUGCAUUCCUAUGGAAAGUCUCAAAAGUGACAACAGAAGAAGCAAAGGUUAGAGCAUUGUGCUCCCUAAGUCAAGGUUUUUAGAGCCAGUCACAAACUACUGGAAGGCAUGUUUUCCCGCUCCACAAGGGAUUGCAAGACUGGAGGAAUUAGAGUUGCUCAGGACCCUUCCUUCAGACCUUACCUAAAGUUUAUCUUUUUUCUGAGCUCUGGGGAUCACAAACCAUAUGUAUUGUGGCCUCUGCCACCCAAAAUAUACCAUAUAUAAUGUGGCCUCUUCCACCCCAAAUCUCUCCUCCAUGUCUGAGCAGGGAUUCAUCUUGUCCAUGUUGGGAAAUGUGGACCUGUCCAAUUCAUGGUUCAUAUAUGGUGAAAGGAGAGUUGAAAAAGAAGCACACCCUCAGAUACAACAGGCAGGCUGGUAUAGUCUAUGCUCACAGCCAGAACAGAUCUGGACACAGUCCUAGCCUCUCUUUGGUGUAUCUGUGUUCUCUCUUUCGUAUCCCAACUGUGGCCACAAUAAAAAAAUUAACACACACAACAUGCAAUUUGGUUUAUCUUGGACAUGUUUUGGUUCCCAGAAGCCUAAAGGAGAAUUCUACACACAACCCUAAGUGCCAGUUUUAAGCAGAAGCCCAUGAAUUUCAGUCUAUCCUUUUGCUUUUGGUUUUAAACACGCCGCCUCACCAUCAGGUAAAAGCUGCUGCUCCCUUUCCUUUCCUGGUUCCCCCAUUUCUGCCUUUAAUUUAUUUUGGUCCCGUGGACAGCCUGGGCUUGCCAUGCGUGACACGGGUGGGCUUCCCUGUCUGCUCUGAAGCCGUGAUGUGAAAGAAAGCUGCACUAUGACGUGCGUGUAUGACGUAUCUUUGGGUUUGUUUUUUCUUUUCUUUUCUUUUUUUUUUUUCAUUUUUGGGGGUCAUUUAAAAAAAUAUAAAUAUUCUGUUUUGUAUUUUUGUAUAUUUUAAUCUGUAAGAGGAUGAACAGAAGAAAAAGAAGAAAAAGAAAAGGACAUGAUUACUGCAAUGUUUUCUCAGGUAUUCUCGUACAUCUCAGGGAUGGAAGAGCCUCAGCCUUUGGGGCUGGACAGAUUGGAACUGUGUCUUUUAAAAACCUGCAUUGUUAAGUUUAACAGCACAAAGAACAAGAAAUCUGUGUUUUUAAAUUGUAUCUCUACCUUGCUGUCUGUGUACGUGGGUGGACUGUUGUUUUUAGACACUGUGUUUUGAUAGAUUCUUCUUUUCCCUCUCACUGUAUUCAUCUGGAAGAUCCCAAGAUUUAGGACACAGGCCAGUGAGAAAUUCUCCUGCACACCUGUGGUCUUGUGCAGCCUCUGUUCAUUUCAAAUAGGCUUGGUAGGACUCGGAUUGCUUAGUGGCUAAAGAAAAGUUCAGGUCUACACAUGCAGGAGAAUGAGGUGGUAAAAUGCUGAAGUGGAUGGCACACACUUUGGAUUGGUGGUGGUAUCUUCUCUUUUGAAUACUUCUUCAUGGAAGCAGCUGGGCUAGAACUUUCGGUGCUACAAAAAAAAAUUGCAGAGUUUUCCAAUAGAAAGCAUUCAAAAAUGGAAUCUCUCACUUGCAGUGUGAAGUGGUACCGUCUGUUCUACCACCUCAUUUUGUGGUGGCAAAGUUUGAGGUGGCAGAGUUCUGAAGUGGCAAAACAGACUGUGCCACUUCAGAUUCUAAAUGGGGGCACCACAUUUUUUAAUGCUGUGAAAACAGUCCUAGAAGGAGAAACCAAGCACAGCAGGAAGUGGACUGAUCUAGAAACUUCCUACACUAUGGUCUAUUUUUUUCCCUUGCAGAAAGGUUUUUUAAAACACACACACAGCAACUCCCACACUGAAAUGGUCUUGUCCACUCUAUUCCCUCAUUCUGCUGCAUGUGUAAGUUAGGCCUAAGCAUGAAGAGAGCUAAGAGGACCACAUAACCCAUGUUUCACCAUGGUUUAGGUUGCUUGACAGGGCCCCCUUCUUUGCUCCCAGACAUCCAUCCAGUCUCAACAUCUCUCUGCUGACCAGGUAGCUAUAUCAGUAUUUCAUCACUUUCAGAGUCAUCACCACCAAUGUAAUCUCAUGCCAUUCUUCUACCCUUGUGAAAUCUGUAUCUGUGGUUGUUUCCACAAGGGCGGCCUUACUGUAAAGCAAGGUGAGAUGGCAGAUGUGGAGCACUGGCAGAGUGAGAUGCAGAUGGAUUUGACCCGCAGUCCUGACCCAUAAGCCAUCAACUUUCUGCACAAGACCAUCCCUACAACCCCCAUUGAAAUAAUCUGCUGUGCUCUUUCUUAUUCCCAUCAGGCUUAUAUGGGAGAAAGCUCCCCUCUGGAUUAUGUCCCAUCUAUAAGAAGUAUAAGGGUUAGGAUGUGGUUUUGAUCUUCAACUUCAGGCAGCAAAAUGGCCUAGGCUGGCUAUGGCUUUCCAUAAAAUUCCUGCUUUCACUUGUUUUUCUACACCCAAGUUAGUUGGAGAUCCUGGGCUUCUUGUGCAUCUCUUUGAUACUACAACUUCAUUCAGACCUUCUCAAAAAGAGUACCGGUGCCCUGUUCUUUUAGCCAAAUACUGCAGGUGAAGGGCAGAAGAGAGGUUCCCAUAUUUCUCAACAACUACCUGCAAGUUUGGGGUCUUGUGUUUGUUCUUUAUUCCAUUUUAUUCUGCUGCUGAAAAUUGCUGGUUAGGUCUGUUUUGCAGCCUUAAUGGGGACCUUUAAGUGUGCAGUAGUAAUGGAAAGAUGUUGCCUUGACCUGUGGGCCCCAUUUCCAUUUGCUUCAAGCACCCUUUUAUAUCAGCUACAGUGAGAGGCUUAAGCCAAAGCUAGCUCCAAUUGUACCCCUUCAAUGUCUCAUGUUGUGAGUGAUGCCUUCUGCCUGCACAUCCCAAAGGUACUGAGAGCUUGAUGGAGUUGUAGUAAGCCAAUGAAAGAAGGCAUCUUUUUUAAAAUAGGAAAAAACCCACAUUGGAUUCCUCUUUCAAAGUUGUACAGAGAAUCACAAGCAGGAAGGAGCAGAAGAGGGGUUAGUAGUUAGUAUUGUCGGAGUAUUAUUUGGGAUCUAAGUGACAAAUUUUAGUGCAAGAUGUUCAGGGGAAUUUAAAAGCAUCACAGUGGAAUGUAGAUCUCUCUAGUUAAACAUAGCUUUAUGGUGCACCAGCUAUCUGUCAUGGGGCAGAAAUUCCCAAAGGACUCCGUCCCUUUGACUCUGAAUAGCUUUUACUAUGAAAAAAUAAAUAAAUCAUAGGACAUUGUCUAGCUCACCUAGGAAUUCCAUUUGCUUUCUCUUACUGUGUUACCUGUGAAUGUGCUAAUGUAGGAAAUAUCUGGCUGCAGGUUUACGGUCAGAAUCUAAAAUUAUCAGCACCAAGCAGUAGAAUCUGAGAGAAUGGACACCAGAUACAAUCACUUGCCUACAGCUGGGAGCUCUCUCCGUGUCCUGAUUUGUAGGAAUAGUAGAUACAGUCAGGUGGUGGGAAAUAUAUAGGAUGUAAGUUCUAAAAUAGCUAUGGUGAAUCUCUACAUAUCUACCUCAAGAGAACUUCUCUGUGUCAGUGGAGUCAAAUGCAAUAGAUUGGCAUUGGGGUUCUCAAACUUGGGAUAUUCUUGGACUACAACUCCCAUGAUGGGAGUUGAGGUCCAACCACCAGAUGUUUGACCAAGUUUGGGAGCUCCUGGGUUAUAUAAUUUGCUCUGCGUUGUUUGGGAAAGGGAUGUUUCCAAGGUCUGUCAGAAAGUUAAAAUGCUGCCCCUUCCAGUUUUGUAUCUGUCUUAAAUAAGCAUUGUUUUCCCCAUCUAUGUUUUCCCAAAUGUAAAUUUGUAACACUUUUUGGUUUCUCCAGUUUCCUCUUAGAUGAUUGUUUACAAACUUAAGAAAUAUAGCCAAAGCAUGUGAUUGGUAUUUGCACCAGAGGGGGAGGGGGUGCCCUGUUUGUACCUCACCACCUUGCAAUUGUGCCACGUGGGAGCUGGUUACGUUCUAAAGAGCCCCCUUCCUAUCUCUUCCUACAACCAAUGGGGUAAUUGGCCUUCAGAAAUAUCAGCAAUGUGUCUGUAUAAGUAAUGAGGAAUUUCCCCCCUUAGCCCUAUUGCAAGAUGGACAUCUCUGCUCUCUAGCUUGCAGGUUUAUUUUGAUUUAUCUCAGGAUUUGCGAAUGAAAGAUGGUUCCUUGGGAUCUCAUGAUUAGACGGGAUCUCAUGACCAGUCUAAUGUCAGGUAAACGGAAAACUGCGAAGGGUGUUAUGAUUACCCGGAAAAGGUUGGUGUGGGUUUCUCCCGCAGCUGUGGCCGGUUGAUGUAACAGGCAGGGUCUAGUCUCCCAAUGGCCUCAGCAGGGUUCUGGAGAUGCCUUUUGGGAGCAGGGUGGUUGUUCAUCAGCAUGACCCCAAUCUUUCUGCCACUCUGCUGGGCUACUCUGAGCUGUCACACAUCUCAUGAGAGCUCGAACUCCCACCUCGUGAAACUUCCAACUGCCCUGAGACACUAUGCUCAGUUUCCUGGCUCCCUGUCCUUCCCCUUGUGCCUCUGUGUCAGCGGCAGCCACUUUGCUGUCUCCUGCUUCUCCUGGCCAGGGGACCUUAGCGUUGCAGACCACCUGUGACGCCUGGGCCUGAGCCCCUCCCAGUCAGAGCUUGGGGAAGCCCCACCAUUGGUGAUUUCUGUUGGGCGGAGGGCCAGCCUGACAUUUACACCCACUUCACAUCUUGGAGGAGUGAUCUUGGGGGGUGAAUGUCAGGUUGGCCCCCUGCCAGCCAGAUACAGCUUACAGAUCUCUGGUUUUCAUUCACCAGACACGAGACUGGUUGUGAGAACUAGCCCUAGAAUUUCUUCUGCUCCAUCUUGCAAAUAAACCUCUGCUUAGAAUAGGCAAUAUCAUUAUCAUUUAGCCCGUGAUGGACUCUAUGCAUUAGGGGUAAUCAGUGUGAAUUUGCAUGCAGGCUUCUGCCAUGCCUGCACUCAGGGUCACUGUGGAAU